AUGGACAUUGCUUUGGAGAUUCUAGACACUUUUGUCUUUGACAAAGUCUAUGCAAAACUACUGCCCAUUUCUCUGGUGCAACAUUUGCCAGAUGGCUAUUUGAAGACUUUGGGACAUUUGACUGGUGCCAACAACACCAUGGAAUCACUGUUCGGAAUAGCUCCAAACGUUGACCAAGCGUCUAAGAACCACUGGCUGAGAACAGUGAAUGACUCUAUUGCCUUAGCCCGUCCCGGUGAGCGUCUGGUCUACGGUGUCAACGCUCCUUUACACUUUUUUGACGAAACAGCGUAUACAUACGCAUCGAUCUUGGGACGCUCCAAUAUCAUUCGACAAUUCACAACUUUGAUGAUUCUGAUGAUUCUUUUUGGCUGGGGUUUGUAUUUAUCUGUGGCUUCAUUUUCAUACUACUUUGUUUUUGAUAAAGCCAUUUUCAAUCACCCAAGAUACCUCAAAAACCAGAUGUCUCUGGAGAUCCAUCAAGCGUUGACUGCUAUACCUACGAUGGUUUUGCUUACAGUUCCAUGGUUUUUGAUUGAGUUGCGUGGAUACUCUAAAUUAUACUUUGAUGUAAAUGAGUCUACUGGAGGAUGGAAGGCUAUUAUUUGGCAAAUUCCUUGCUUCAUUAUGUUUACCGAUUGUUGUAUCUACUUUAUUCAUCGUUGGUUGCACUGGCCAUCCGUGUAUAAGCGUUUGCACAAGCCUCACCACAAGUGGAUUGUUUGUACACCUUUUGCUAGUCAUGCCUUCCAUCCAGUUGAUGGUUAUGCACAAUCACUACCUUACCAUUUGUAUGGAAUGUUGUUUCCACUACACAAGGUGAGCUAUCUGAUCUUAUUUGGGCUUGUGAACUUUUGGACUGUUAUGAUCCAUGAUGGAGAAUACCUGUCCAGAGACCCUAUAGUCAAUGGAGCUGCUUGUCAUACAGUGCAUCACCUAUACUUCAACUACAAUUACGGCCAGUUCACAACACUUUGGGACCGUCUUGGUGGAUCAUACAGAAUGCCAGACAAGGAACUCUUUGAUAAGAACAAGAAGAAAGAUGUAAAGACAUGGCGUUCACAAGUCAAGCAGGCCGAUUCGAUAAGAGAAGACUUAGAGGGAAAAGAAGAUUUCCGUGAGUAUGGAACUGAGGAAAAACUUAAAAGCACAUAG